AUGAGUAAUAAUCAAGAUGGUGAAGUAUUCGUUACUGACGAAGUUAGACAACAAGUCUUCCAAAAAUUAAAUUCGAAAUUAGAUAACAGAGUUUGUUUUGAUUGUGGUAAUAAAAAUCCAACUUGGACUUCCGUUCCAUUUGGUGUAAUGUUAUGUAUUCAAUGUUCAGCAGUACAUAGAAACUUAGGUGUUCAUAUUACUUUUGUUAAAUCUUCAACUUUAGACAAAUGGACAAUUAAUAAUUUAAGAAGAUUUAAACUUGGUGGUAAUCAUAAAGCAAAAGAUUUUUUUAUGAAAAAUAAUGGUAAACAAUAUUUAAAUACUUCAAAUGUUGAUCCACAUGAUAAAUAUACAAGUAAUGUUGCCAAGAGAUAUAAAGCUUAUCUUGAUGAAAAAGUUAAAAAAGAUUCUGAUUUAUUUCCUUCUGAAUUAUCUUUAAACGAUAUGGAUGAUACUUUAAAUGAGUCAACUUCUGAAGUUUCUUCAUUAAAUGGUAAUAAUUCAUCAAAUGAAAAUAGUGUUGAUGAUUUUUUUUCAAAUUGGCAAAAACCAAAAGUUGUUAAUUCCACUAAUUCAAGUGGUGCUAAUACUCCAAGAGGUUCAUCUCCAUCUUUAGCAAUUAAUAACAAUAAUAAUCAUACUAUUACUUCUAAUUCAAACAGAUCAUCUAUCUUACAAUCAAAUAGAAAAAAAUCUAAUAUUUUAAGUAGUAACACUGGAAAUAAAAAGCAUUCAAUUUUAUCAUCUUCUAGAAAGGCUACUAAGAUGUCUGCUAAAAAAGUUGAUACAGCAAAUGCUGAAGAUCUGUUUGAUCAAUUUGAAAAAGAAGCAGAAAUUGAAAAAGAGGAAAAAAAAUCAAGACAAUUUGCACCAUCAAAUCCAAUAAAACCAUCAUUCUCUUCGAAUACAUAUAACACAAAUACUUUUGGUAGUGAAUCAAGUAGUAUUAAUCAAAAUAAAGAUAAAACUGAAACUUUCUUAGAUGAAAGUGAUGAUGAUGAUGAAUAUAAAGCUCCAACUACCAUUGAAGAAGUUCAACCAAAAUUUGCUAAACUUGGAUUUGGUAUGGUGGCUAAUGAUGCAACUAAACUAGCCACUGAACAAAAAGAAGCCAUUAGAGCUGCUUCAGGUCCUAAAUAUUCAGGUAAAGUGGCAGCAAAAUAUGGUGGUCAAAAAGCUAUUUCUUCAGAUCAAAUGUUUGGUCGUGGUGGUUAUGACGAAGAUGCCUCUCGUGAAGCCAAACAAAAGUUAAAAUCUUAUGAUAACGCAACUUCAAUCUCUUCUAGUGCAUAUUUCGGACAAGAUCAAGAAGAUGAAAGCUCUAGUAAUAAUGGCCCUUAUGGCUCUCAACAAAGUUUCGGCAGUAAUCAAGGUGCUAAUAAUGAAUACAUAGACUUUAAUGUCGGUGCCGAUGACGAAUUACAAGUCCUAAAGGAUGCAGUUGAGCAAGGUGCUCAAAAAUUAGGUAACUAUCUAAGAGAUUACCUAAGAAACUAG